AUGCGGGACUCGAACGUGGAGCUUGACGUCAUCAUCUACAGCGCCGGGAUCAGCGCGUUCGAGAAGGGCGGGGAGUGGCAGCGGGCUUUGUCGCUGCUGAGCGAGAUGCGGGAGGCGAAGGUGGAGCCCAACGUUAUCAGCUACAAUGCUGGGAUCAGCGCGUACGAAAAGGGCAAGCAGUGGCAGCGGGCGCUGGCACUGGUGAGCAAGAUGCGGGAGGCGAAGGUGGAGCCCUGCGUCUCAGCUACAGUGCUGGAAUCAGCGCGUGCGGCAAAGGCGAGCAGUGGCAGCGGGUUUUGGCGUUGCUGA